AUGGGCUGCGGCGCCUCCGCAUUCCGGCAGCCGAAGGACGAGCUAACGCCUCUGACCAUCGUGCCUCAGGAUUCAGAAGCGGACGACGCGGACGCCGAAGUUCCGAGAGAUAUUCGUGACUUCUACGUGCUGGGCGAGGUGUUGGGUAGCGGUGCCUUUGGACAAGUCCGCAGCGCCACCUUGAUCGAGGAGCCCGCUGAGUGCAGAGCCGUCAAGGUGCUGGAGAAGGAUGGGACGACAAGUCGCAGCGAUUUGGACCUCGAGAUCGAUCUUCUGGGGCAGCUGGAGCACGAGAACAUUAUCUGCUUCUGCGAGUUCUUUGAGGACGUGCACUUUCUGUAUGUGGUCACCGAGAGGUGUGCUGGUGGGGAGGUCUUCGAGAAGAUCCUGGAACUCAAGAGGUUCACGGAGGCGAACGCCGCUCUCAUGGGCAAGCAGAUGCUCGCGGCCAUCGAGUACAUUCACCAGAAGCGGAUCGCCCACCGGGACAUCAAAGCCGAGAAUUUCCUCCUCGCAGAGCCGACCAUCCACUCGAAGGUCAAGAUGAUUGACUUCGGAAUGGCCUGCAGAGUCGAGGAAGGGCAGUUCAUGACCGAGCUCUGUGGAUCUCCGCACUACGUUGCGCCGGAGCUGAUUGGGAGAAGAUACACGGAGCUCGUCGACGUUUGGGCGUUCGGUGUUCUGUUGUACCUUCUGAUGUACGGAGAGUACCCCUACGAUGCCAAGGAGCCCAGAGAGAUCAUGAUCAAGGUCUUGACGAUGAAGAUCCGCUGGCAGAAGCGGGUCGUUCUCAGCGAAAUGUGCUUGGGCUUGCUGACGCGCUUGCUCCAGCACGACUCCGAGCAGCGCUUCAGUGCCAGGGAGGCGGCCAAGCACCCUUGGUUCGACUGCGAGGGCGCCGUCCAGAUCCCCAAGGAGGUCCUCCGCAGCGCCCACAGGAGAGAAGAUCACCUCUUCCAGGAAGGCUGCGGAUCCUGA